AUGACAAACGCGCUGGUAACAGUUGUCGGCUUCACCAUAGUCACGUACUGCAUCUAUCUCAUCUUCUUUCGAAAACGUCGCACCCAUGACCUCCCUCCCGGUCCCAAGGGGCUGCCAAUACUGGGCAACAUGAGAGACUUGCCGCCCAGUGGUAGACCCGAGUAUCAGCACUGGAUUGCGCACAAGGAUCUAUACGGUCCAGUUAGUUCCGUCAGAGUGCUCGGCCAGACCAUUGUUCUCAUACACGACAGAGAUGCGGCACACGAGCUGCUCACAAAAACGUCGUCCAAGUCGUCGGAACGGCCAACGUCGGAAUUCGCCAACAAUCUCUGCGGAUACGGACGCUUGUUUGUUCUUCGGGGAGACGACAAGCGUUUUCGGCGCUGUCGAAAAAUGGUGCACCAGAAUCUCGGUACAGUGAUCUCGGCUUCCAAGUUUGAUGACGCCCAAGACCUGGCAACACGCAAGUAUUUACUUCAGGUACUCAAUGGCCCAAGUAGCCUGUUCAGGCAUCUCGCAAACCAUGCCGGCGGCUCUGUGCUAAGAGUCACCUAUGGCUACACGAUUACUAAGGCCGAGAAAGACCCCCUUAUCGAGUUGAUCGAGCUCUCGGCGUCACAGCUAGGGUUGGCACUUGUUCCCGGGGCUUGGGCCGUGGAUAUUGUCCCGGCUCUGAAGUAUUUGCCGGAUUGGUUCCCCGGGGCUGGUUUUAAGCAAACUGCCAAGGAGUUCAGCAAAGUAGCGCAAAAAAUGGCCAAUGUUCCAUACGAAUUUGUUUUGAGUCAGAUGGCCUCGGGCAUUCAGCGGGAGUCGUUUGUGUCAGGGCUGGUCGAACAACAUCGCGAGGCAACACAAGGCGAGGCACUGACUUCACGGGACGAGGACGAGAUAAAGACCACUGCGGCGGUCAUGUAUCUGGGCGGGUCGGACACCAUUGUCACUGCCUUGAGAAUCUUUGUCCUGUGCAUGAUUUUGUUUCCCCACGUCCAGCGCAAGGCUCAAGAGGAGAUUGAUUCGGUCCUAGGGCCACAUCAGCUUCCCGCUGCUUCUGAUCGUGAAAGGUUGCCUUAUGUCGACGCCUUGGUUAAGGAAGCAUACCGAUGGUCGCCCGCAAUCCCGCUAGGUUUGGCACAUGCUACUUCGGAAGAGGUGCUAGAGCCACGAAACGAACGCGACCCGCGUCUGGACGUAUUUGGCUAUGGACGCCGGUUAUGUCCCGGGAGGUAUGUGGGGGAUACCAUUCUGUAUCUCACAUUCGCGCAAACUCUCGCCUCCUUCGACAUUCGCAAGGCCGUCGAUGAGCAAGGUAGAGACAUUGACGUGGAGCUGGAGCUCGGCUGUGGAGUGGCCUGCUUUCCGAAGGAGUUCCCGUAUACAAUUACACCGAGGAGUCCGGCGCAUGCCGAUAUGAUCAGGCGGGUCGAUGCUGGUCGGCUGGAAGAGGUUACUGACUCGGAUUCUCUUGACAUAAAAGCAAUAAUGAGCAAAUGGAAUGACUAA